GUCUUAGAUACAAUCUCGCAAGUUAUCCAUAAUGACACUCUUCAAUGCCCAGACAACCGGUGACGAAGUCGUUGAAGCCUUCGCCUCCUCCGUUGCUGGCAAAACAAUCCUCAUAACCGGCCCCUCAGAACACGGUCUUGGCGCUCAAACCGCUCUCUCCCUCGCCGUCGGCAAGCCGCGUCGACUGAUCCUCGUCGGCCGAAGCCUGACCAAAAUCCAGCCCGUCAUCGAUGAGAUCAACUCCAUCUCCCCAUCAACGGAAGUGAUUUUCGAAGAGCUAGAUCUUACGAAUUUGAGCUCUGUGAAGAAGGCUGCGAAAGGGAUUAAUGGCAAGAUUGAGAAACUGGAUAUCUUGGUGAACAAUGCUGGAGUUAUGGCGGUGAAGGAUUAUGAGAAAAGUGUCGAUGGCAUCGAGAUGCAGUUUGCAGCAAACCACAUUGGUCAUUUUCUGUUGACAAAUUUGCUUAUGGAUAAGAUCUUUGCUGCUGAGGGGGCGAGGGUUGUGAAUGUGAGUAGUGGGGGCUAUGUGAGUAGCGGCAUCAGAUUCGAGGAUUGGAACUUCAAGGAUGGCAAAGAAUACAAUCCAUGGCUGGGGUAUGGACAGUCGAAGACGGCGAAUAUUCUGUUCGCUUCCGCACUAGCGGAGAAGUUGAAGGGGAAAGGCGUUUUGGCGUUUUCUGUUGAUCCUGGAUUGGUUGUCGACACCAAGCUUCAGACCCACGUCACCCCAGAGAUGUUCGGAGAAGGGUAUGAGAUCGCAGUUGCAGCCAUGAAUGGGGAGCCACUCCACCCCUUAGACCCAAAAACACUUGCACAAGGAGCAUCGACAACCCUCUACGCAGCCCUGGCUCCCGAAUUGAAAGAACACUCAGGCGCCUUCCUGCAGAACUGCGCAGACAGCACGGAGACCUUGCUCUCGCACGCAAAAGGAGCCUCGAACCGCGACCAGCUCUGGGCAUUGAGCGAGAAGCUCGUUGGAGAGAUAUUCGCAUAUGCAUAAAGGGGCCUUAUUCCCUAGGUCACACACUUUCAGAUAAAACAGCGAGAAACCUUGGCAUGCUUGAGCGUUCACACCACAAGGCAUGAAUGAGAGACACUCGUCCAGGUGACACAAGUUACAAUGAAAUCCGUCUCAAGGGAGGUUGUCAUUUCAAUAAUCACAUCAAAAGAG